AUGAUGUACCGAACAUCCAGGAAAUUUUGCAAGUCGCUUUUUCCAACAAAGUUUUUAGCAGGAUCGUCACUUGCGGCAAGAUCAUUCUCGACUGUCGCCAGACGGAACGACAGGUUCAAGUUACCCAACGGCAUCAAUAACAAUGGGAGUUCGGAAUUUGAAGGAACCUUGGCGCGGACAGAUUCUACAGUCCAAGUCGAGCAUCCAUCCGAGAGCGAUCUCCCAACAAGUGAGCCAGUGAAAGGAAGAGGUGGUUUCCAUCACAAGAGAACACUUCCCUCUUUCUCCCUUGAAGGCAAAGUAGGAGUUGUGACUGGUGGUGCGAGAGGCUUAGGAUUGGUGAUGAGUCAAUCUUUAAUCAUCAGUGGAGGCGAUCUUGCUAUUGUGGAUCUUGACAAGCAGGAAGCGGAGCGUCAAGCAGUUGAACUCCUCGCGACAUUCAAAAGAGAGAAUUCCGCUGAAGUGAGACUACCCAAAAUCACAGCAUAUCAUGUCGAUGUGGCCGACUCUGCUUCAGUUGAAACUGCAGUCGCCGAAAUCAUAAAUUCUCAUGGCAAGAUAGACAGCUUAGUUACUUCAGCCGGAUUUUGCGAGAAUUUUGAGGCUAUUACUUACCCUGUGGAUCGACUCAAGAAAUUGUGGGACGUUAAUGUCAACGGAACUUAUUUUUUUGCCACUGCAGUUGCAAGACACUUGAUUUCGAGGAAGGCUCAAGGAAACAUGGUAUUCAUUGGAAGCAUGUCUGGUAGUGUGGUAAAUGUCCCACAACCACAAGCUCCUUACAAUGCAUCGAAAGCGGCAGUAAGACAUUUGGCAGCAUCAUUUACAGUAGAAUGGGCCGCUGCGAGUAUCCGAGUCAACUGCAUCAGCCCUGGAUAUAUGGUGACGGAAUUGACGAAGCGUAUCUUGGACAAGAACCCUGAUCUUCGGAAACAAUGGACUGCAUUAGUUCCACAGGGUCGACUUGGGAAGCCCGAAGAUCUCAUGGGGUCGGUGGCAUUCCUCCUCUCUGAAGCUUCCCAGUAUGUCACUGGAGCGGAUCUCCGGGUAGAUGGUCGCUAUACGCUCACGUAG